AUGACGAUGCAUGGGGACGGCAGCGGCGGCGAGGUGGCCGAGAACUUCGCCCAGUUGUUCUACGUUUACCAAGACGGACGCGUAGAGCGGCUCAUGGGGACCGCCGUCGUCCCUCCCUCCGUCGACUCCGCCACCGGCGUCGCCUCCAAGGACGUUCCCAUCGUCUCCGCCACCGGCGUCUCCGCCCGCCUCUACCUCCCUCCGCCGCCGCUGGCCUCCUCCGCCGCCGGCGAGAAGCUCCCCAUCGUCGUCUACUUCCACGGCGGUGCCUUCUUCGUCGAGUUCGCCGCUUCUCCCACGUACCACCAAUACCUCAACUCCCUGGCCGCCGCUGCCCGCGUCCUCUGCGUCUCCGUCGAGUAUCGCCGCGCACCGGAGCACCCGCUCCCCGCCGCCUACGACGACUCCUGGGCGGCCCUCUCCUGGGUCGCCGCUCACGCCGGCGGCGCCGCAGCCGCCUCCCCGCCGGAGCCGUGGCUCUCCGAGUACGGGGACUUCACCCGGGUCUUCCUCGCCGGCGACAGCUGCGGGGGGAACAUCGCCCACAACAUGGCCAUGCGCGCCGCCGUGGAAACCCUCAGCUCCGGCUUGAAGAUCGAGGGGCUGGUGGCGGUGCACCCCUACUUCUGGUUCCGCCCGGCGUCCCGCCCGAGCAUCGCCGGCCCAGCGGAGGCGCUGACAGCGUGGAUCGAGAGACUUUGGCGGCUCUCCUACCCGUCGGCAGCGAGGGGGCUGGAGGAGCCUUGCAUGAACCCUGCGGUGCCGGGGGCUCCGAGCAUGGCGACACUGGCCUGCCGGCGGGUGCUGGUCUGCCUGGCCGAGGAAGACUUCCUGGUGGAGCAGGGCGCCUGCUACUUGGAGGCGUUGCAGAAGAGCAGAUUCCCAGGGCCGGUGGAGCUCUUCCACUCCUCCGGCGAGGAGCACAUUUUCCACCUCACCAAGCCCGGAACUGCCGCCGCUGGGGAGAUGAUGGACCGCCUCGUGGGUUUCCUCCAUGGAAUGUCGAGCUCUCCUUGA